AUGGAAGGAAUAAGGUCGAUGAGGAACCUGCCUCUUGGGGAGGCUCCCGUCCCGCAAAAUUUGGACGAAGUUACUAAGCCUGAGAUGAAUGCACCAGACCAAGGCUUUCCCCCAGCGGCCAUUCAAACUCCGGUGCCUUUGUUUAUCCGUCUCAUGGAUAAGAGUGAAGGAGAGGAAGGCAAGAAGAAGGGGAAAGAAAAGACGAAGACGAGGGAGGAGGGUGGGGAUGGUAAGAAGAGGGGACAGAACAACUCCACGUGGAAGAGAAGAGCGAGGGUGGGCCCUACGCUCAAGGCAGGGAGGGGAGGCAGGGGAGGGAGAACUGAUGGUGGUGAGAGGGGUGGGAAGCUUAUGGAUGAAGGGAAGAAGGUCGAGGGUGUUGAGGAGGAGGGAGGGAAGGGUAAGAAAGAACUUACUGUUGGGAAAGAGGGAGGUUCCGAGGGGGGGACUGACCGAAGUUUGAGAGGCAAGAAGAGAGGGGUUGGUGAGAUGGUGGAUGAGGAAGGAGAAGAAAUGAGUCGAAAAUGCUCCCGGGUGUCACAAGAAGUUGAUCUUGUUCUAACGGCGGAGGCUGCUGAGCAGCCCCGCCGAUCCCAAUGA